AUGGCUCCAGGUGAAGGACGCCGACCAAUAGAUAUGAUAAUUGAUGCUGAUUCUGAAGAGUUAGCAUUUGUAUCUAUCUAUUGCGGCAAAAAACGUUCCUGUGCGGAAUCCGACGUUAUGACAGACGAUGCUGUAGAAAACGCAUUGGAUGAUUCAUAUAUGAAUAGUCUAAUCCAACACGAUGACGGAUAUCGUAUUCUUAAAGGUAUAAGAACGUCACCAGCUCACUGGGAAGGUGAAAAGAAGAAAGCCGUUGCUAUGAUUAGACAAUUUGGCCUUCCGACAUUUUUCAUAACUUUAUCUGCAGCCGAAACUAAAUGGUUGGAGCUUUUAGUUAUCCUGUCGAAAACUGUGGACAACAUCGAUAUUUCUGAAGAUGAUGCUUCAAAUUUGUCCUUCUCAGAAAAAGCUCGAUUGAUUCGUAGUGAUGCAAUAACCUGCUCCCGAUACUUCGAUUUCCGUUUCCGGCAACUGUUUUCUCUAUUUAAAAUGAAUGAUGGGAUUUUCGAUGAACAUUUUGUGGAGAAAUACUAUUGGAGAGUGGAAUUCCAACAACGUGGAUCACCUCACAUACAUGGCAUGUACUGGCUAAAGGAUGCUCCUAAAAUAGACCUUACUAAUUCAUCUUCUUUUGCUUCUGUCAUUAGUUUCAUAGAUAAAUAUAUUUCUACUAAUGGAUCUGAUGAACAGUUACAAGAAUAUAUUGCUUAUCAGCGUCACAACCACAAUCGUUCUUGUACUAGAGAAUAUCGUGGUGAAAAGAUUUGUCGUUAUGGUAUGCCAUAUCCGCCGCUACCAGCAACAGAAAUUUUAUUGCCGCUUCCUGAAAACUGUGAAAAUAUUCAGGAAUUAAAAGAGAGCUAUGAUAGAAUUCAAAGCAUGUUAAAUGCAAAUUUGGAUUCCGAACAAAUCUCUCAAUUAAACAAUUUUGAAAAUUUCUUGUCACAUGAAAAUAUAAAUCUAACAAUACUUCGAGAUGCUGUUGAAGAAAUUAGAGCUGGCAAUCAUUCCAUAAAGCAAAAGCUACAGCAUAUUGCCCAUAAAUUUAUCUCUGGUACGGAAAUAUCAGCUCAAGAGGCCACAUAUUGCUGUUUAGGGAUGCGGCUUUCAGAGAGUAGUAAUGCCGAGGUUUAUAUAAAUACUGGUCGACCAGAAGAGCGAGUAUUUCUGUUGAGACCUCGAGAACAACUACAAAAUUUGCCACCAGAUUCAUCAGACAUUUAUGCUGUUGGUAUUUUGGAACAUUAUGUUCAAAGACCAGACGAACUAGAGCAUAUAUGCUUGGCAGACUUCGCAGCAAAUUAUAAGUAUUCAAAAUCUCGAAGAUCCAAUAACAGGGAAGCAGAUUACGAAGAGCAAGAUCCUGAAGAAAAUGCUGAGCAAAUCUUACGCAUAUUUAAGUUAAAGGAUAAUAGUGGCUUUGUGCAGGAAAAAAUUAAACCUCAUGUUAUUCGUUACCGGCGAUAUAAUGUAAAUACUCACCGAAGCGACUAUUUUAGAGAACUCGUAAUGCUGUUCCAUCCUUGGAGAAAUGAGGAACUUGAUUUAUUGCAUAACGACAACGAAGCCACAUGCAUCGCUUUAAAAGAAAGUAUUGAGUUCAACCGAAAAAAAUACGAUGUCUUUGAGGAUCGAGAACUCGAAAAUAUUCUUCAGCGUCUACGAGAUGAAGACAGCAUUGAAGAUGUCAACGAAGAAGCAGGUAAUAUUGAUGAUGAAUUCAGAGUUCUUGGAGUACCAGAAAUAGAUCCAAACGUUAAUAUAUUAAAUACGGAGGGUGAUGGUACAUCGGCUGAAACUUCUGAAACAUCAUUGCGUAUUAUUAAACUUCCUCCUUUGAUUUCUGAAUCUCCUGAAUAUGGUUAUAGCACAUUAAAUACGAAACAGAAGCUCUACUUGACACAUCCCACAAUAUAA